AUGGCUCCCGGGCGAAAGAAGGCUGGCGCGAGCGCGCGCGGCAGGAAGCUGGCGGCCUUCCUGAAGGACUUCGACCGCGAGGUGAGGAGCCGGGUGGAGCAGCUGCGGACGAACGGGCAGCGCCUCGUCAAGGAGGCGGAGAACCUCUACAACAUCGAGAUCCUGCGGCUGCCGCUGGCGCUCCGCGAGAUGAACUGGCUGGACUACCUCGCUAAAGGAGGAAGCAAAAAGGUGCUGGAAGAGGCAGCAACGGCAGACUUGGAAAUAACAGAAAUAAACAAGUUAACAGCAGAAGUUAUCCAGACUCCUUUAAAAAUCAUCAAGAAAGUGGGAAAAUCGAAACAAGAUAUUGAAGCUAUUGAAGAAGAAGCAGAGCCUCCUUUGCUUCCUCUAGCAAAGAAAGCAAAACAUGAUAGCCAAUGUCUUCCAGAGCUAGAAGCUGAAAAUGUUAAUCCAAGAACUGGAAAGGCGAAGGCAUCCACUAAGAAAGUGCCAGUGUCCAGGAGCAGAAGAGCUCCUUCAGCAAGAGUGAAGCGCAUGAGUAAAAGAUCAAGCAAAAACAACUUUAUCACUCCAGCUACUGGUAGAAUUGUUGAUGUCUGUGCUCGAGGAGGUACCUCCAUGGUCACACCCAAAUUUGAUUCCAGAAUUUUCAAGACACCGGGUUUGCGCACGCCCGCAGUAAAUGAACGUGUUUACACCAUCUCUGCCAAUGGCAGCCCCCUUGCUGACAGCAACGAUAUCUUCAUUACAGUCCCUGUUGGAGGAGGGGAGAGCAUUCGUUUGACAGCAAGUGAUUUGACCAAGAAGAAUCUUCUUCAUCUGAAUCCGGAGGCCCAAGGAAGUAUGAAGAAGCUAUCAGUUCGGCUGGCACAAGCUUGCAGUGUUGCAAAAACCCAUAGAUGAAACUCGGCGAAUGUUGACAUCCCUCUGUAAAUACAGAAUGUUACAUU